CAUAAUGACUGGAUUAGCAUAUUGCGCUAUUGUAGGCAAUGUUCAUGUAAUACUGUUUAAUUUGUGUUAUUAAAAGAAAGUUUUGAAAAAUGAACACAACAGUAGAAACUACAUAAGCAUUAAUGAAAUGAAAACUUAAUAAAGCGAAAAGCUUGUUCGGAUGAUUUUUUAAAGCAAAAGAUAACAAGAAGAAAAAGCAAUUUUUCGGAAGGAGGCUGUUUAAAUUACUUCUGGCCUUCCUGGUUGAACAGAAAAAAAGAAGACAAGCAGACGGAGAGGCAAGCUUAGAUCGUUGGAAAAACUGAUUCUGAUUUAAUCGGUAUUAUAUAAUUAUAAGGUGGGUCUACUUGAAGUCUUUCUACGCGUUGCAUAUAUCCGCACAAGCACCAGACAGAUAGUGUCGGGUAUAACAGAAACGGUAAAAAACUUAUCUAAAAAGCGGUGUGAGUGCCUAUACGCUUGAAUUUGUAGUAGGUGUGACUUCAGCUCCAGAACAAGUCUAUGAUGACUAACAAUGAAAUAUUCUAACGCUAACACAACAACAACAAUUUAAAAUUUGAAAACUUCUUAGGCGCUUAAUAAAUUUCACUGAACUAAAGUUAAUGUAUUAAUAAUGAUUAUUAAAACUUAGUUAAGAUAUUUUAAGACGAAAAGAAAAAAAAAAUGAUGGGAAAGUAACAAAUAAAAAGGCAUCAAUUUCGCUUAAGGGCAUGGAUGGACAGCUUUUCUCAUCAACGGACCAAUUUUGGUUUUCGUAUCAUGGCAGAUUGGACAGAACGGAUUGGAUGGAUCAACAAAAAGGAAGAACGCAAAGCCAAUGGACGUUUGGUAGCAGUAAUAUUAGCUUCAUUGGUAAUAUUUUUAGCAAUAUAUCAUGCCUGGAUACGUAAGUCCGGCUUAUUAGCUGGCAUAUUGGUGCCUGCCGUCAUAAUGAUUUCUUUUGGCGGCUGGGUAGUUGUCUUAACUAAACGCGAUAAAGCAAGACGUGCUUUAUUUGAGAAAUAUCUAGAAGAAGUUGCUAUGAAAAAUAAACGAGAAUUGGAAGCUAAAGCUAAAUUAAAACAAUUUAAAAAAACCGGCGAUAAACGUAGACUAUCCAAAGAUACAAUAUCGCUACAUUACGAAAACGAAUUGAAUAAAGAAAAAUCCAAUAAUAAUACAUUAUUGCAGCCACUUGAAUUUGCAAAUAUUGUCGUUACAAGUGCUACACGGCAUGAGCAUCCUAAACAUCGUAAACACCGAGAGCAGUUACUGUUGGGUCAAAAUGCUGCUAAGGCUUCUCAUUAUGCAACGAAAGAUUUGCGUUUCAAAAGACCCAGUUUACGACAGAAAUUAUUCGGUUCAAAGGGAGUAUAUCAAAUGCAGCAGCAACAAAAGCAACAGCAACAACAGAGUCGAAAAAUAUCAUUUACGAUAUCAAAGACGAAAAAUCAACAAAAUGAUCCGAAAACGUUGACGCAAUUAAAACGUAAACGUUUACAACGUCACAAUGCCCUAAUUGUACCGACCAUGGUACGCACAAGUUCUGCCCCAUGA